ACGUACGUAUAAGCAUGUGCAUACGUAUAUAUAUGUUUGUACUUGUGCCGGUGGGAAUAAAGCCGUCAGCCAUGCUAAAGUUUAGACUCACGUCAAGGGUUGGGAUAGCAAGAAAAGCCUCAAUCCUCAUAUGUGUCGCAGUGUCGGUAUCCUCUAGCUUGAUACAUGUAUCAAGUCAUUUUAUAUGCCGAUCAUGAAGCUACUGCAGAAAAAAAAAAACUACUUCAGAAUGGAUAUUGUACAAUUCCAAAUGAGUAUAAGCUAUGGUCAUUAUACUUAAAAUAGCUUGUCAUGUUAAGAGAGGUGAUAAUUAAGACCCAGGUAAUCGCAUCUUAAUGAUCCAGGCAUAAAAAAUCACACAAUAUAUAUGAAUCCACAACGAACUACCAUUGACAGUUCAGAGAAAUAUGUGUGUUAAGGCCUUUUUAAUUUGUACGAAAAGCAUAGGAAAAUUGGUGAAUUCCAAGGUUAUUGAAAUAAAGGAUUAAGUCCUAUAAUUUCUUUUAAAGUCCUAUGGAAUGGACAAUUAUAGAGACUUUAGAAAAAAAAUAAACAUGAGGUUCUACCUCGUGUUUUAUUCUUCCCAUGAUUCUGAAUUCAUGUGUAUCUUAUGUGUCGACCAAAUGACGAUUUAGAAACUUUAUGUGUUUUUUAUUCCUAUAGAAAUUGCGGGCAUUGGUAUCUCGUAACCGUCGUCGCUCAUGUACAACCUUGCCGCUCGGAGCUCGCCCCCUUACUACGGAUCUAGUUUGAGGAGGGAGUCUGUGGUCGACGAGAGAGAUGAUGCCAACAACAUCUAUAGGAGAAGAGGAACAAGAUAUGGUGGCGAUAAACUCAUAUAGGCGUCGGCUGGAGUUGCUGAAGAAGAGGUGGUGGACACGACGGCUCAAGCAGCAACAGAGAUGGUAACUAGGAUAUGUUGACCCCUAUGCAUCUCCUAUGCCCGCCCAUCCCAUGUUCGCACAUGCUCAACCCCACGUUAGCAUGAGCCAGGCCUAGCUAAGGAACCACGGCCGAUUUCCACGUUUUCUCUUAGCCUGGCUUGGAGGUCACUUUUGCACUGAUGAUUCCUGACUCACACGCCGAUGCAGGCAACCAAACACGUCGUUUGCAAGACAUCCCCUGGUGCAGCCAAGCAAACACGUCCUAAGAUAACGAGCUCAAAUGAGUGAUGGAGCCGAACUAGCUCGUUAUCCCCCGUAGAUAUUAACUAGUACAUAUCCAGCUCGAUUGAUUGGACUGACGCUACCAUGCAUCUUGACCCGGCUGAUGAGUUAACUGCAAAGGGAUCGAUAUAAUUCGUUGGCCAUGUGCAUGCAAUACGUGUAGAACUAAUUAAUUAAUUAAGAAGAAGACAUGGCAUCUCGAAACCAGACUCGACCGAUCGAGCACAUUGCAUUGGACGGGCAGUUUGAUAAAUUUUAUUGAGCCAGAUCGAUCAAUCUAUAGCUAGCUAGCUAGCAAAAGAAAUGAAGAGUAGUGUGUGCGGGCAGAGAGAGAAAGAUGUGUUGACCCCAUCAAGUAAACUUUUGGAAUUUAAUCGGGAUUCGGGACAGAAUUGGAUUAUAUUGCCCCCGUUAAAAAAAAUCAAACAGUGGUAAUAUUUAAUUUCGUUCGUCAAUUUUCUUCCAUUACAAAUCUAAAGUUUUAGACUCCCUUCCGUCCCAAAAUAUAAGGCGUAACUAUGAUGUUACAUAAUACAAUGUGUGCACACACCAUCGAUGCAUCCAAUUAACUAGCACAUCUCUAUCCCUUAAAUUCAUUUUUUUAAAAAUAAAAUUCUUCACUCUCAUUGGGUGCAUGCAUUUGUAUUUAUUAGAAUGCUCCAAACAAAAAGGUGGUAAUAAUUUUUUUCUCGGUGUUUGCAUUGGUGGUUGCAUCUUAUAUAUUUUUUUAUGAUGGAAGUAUAUUAGAUAGAUUAGUAUGUAAUAUGAAAAGACGAAUAUAUUCUUCCUUAAGACAAAUUUGUUUUGAGACGGAGGGAGUAUCAUACGCUUUCCGUACGUACAUAAAUGAUACUAACGUCUAGAAAUGCUUAUGUUAUAUUACAGUAUAUAUUUUGCGACUCUAGUUAUAUUUUGAAACGGAGAGAACAAGUAUAUGAAAGUAUACAGUACAUAUGCAGAAGUCGUCGAGCCAGUACCAGUACAGUAGUAUAAAUAUACCUGUGGGCAGAUAUCGAAUAAUACAUCUCUCUCUCUCCAUAUAUAUUGGACUAGCUAAGGUUUGGUCUGUUCAAGUGCUGCAAAUUAAUAUGGCGUGGUUAUCAUCAAGCAGCAGGCUAGCCCCUCUCUGCCUGUUACUGUUAGUGGCUGCGUCACUUGCGGUGGCGACGCCGGAGGACUACCUGAACCCGCACAACGUGGCCAGGGGCAACGUGGAAGUGCCGGCGGUGGUCUGGAACGACACUGUGGCGGCGUUCGCGGAGGAAUACGCGGCGGAUCUGUACGCCGGUGGCUGCCAUCUGCAGCCUUCGUCUACCGAGGACUACGGGGAGAACCUGUAUUUCAACUCCGAUCAAAGCUCGACGGCGGCCGACGCCGUGGCGUCGUGGGUGUCACCAACACUUGAUGGUGACUGGUACCACCACGACACCAACACCUGCACGGCGCCGGCGGGGGAGUCGUGCGGCCACUACACGCAGGUGGUGUGGUACAACUCGACGGACAUCGGCUGCGCCACCGUCGUCUGCGAAACCGGCGACAACACCGGCGUCGUCGUCGCCUGCAACUACUGGCCGCCGGGCAACAUCCCCGGCGAAUCCCCCUACUAAAAGAAUCCCUAAUGAGAUGUUCAAGCAUAUGGCGGUUUGCGUUUAAUUCUGAGAUUUGCUUUCCUUUGUUACGUUAACUCUGAAUUUGUCAUGGGCUUGUGUUAAUUAAUUUCCCACUCGAGAAAAUUUACUUCAAUUCACUGGUUACCGACAAAAACCACCUGCAGGUUGUAUGAACAUCUGUGUAAGUAAGAUACCAUCAUCAGGAAUAAAGUAUAUCGUAUUUUGAUCUAGUGGUUCAAAUUAAACAUAUUCUUGGAGGAAUAUAUACAUGUACUAGAUGUUGUAUUGAUAAUU